AUGGCAACUUGGUCUGAAGCUGAUGAACGUAAGCUUCAGGAGCUUUCAGCCAAGAAGGUGAUGGCGGCAUCUUCUCGUUUGGGAGAUGCUGAGGUGGGCACCCCAAUGCCGGAGGCGAAGGGGAUUGACAGUUUGAAGGAGUGGGGCUCGACACUUUGCGAGUUGCCCAAGGUGAAGAAGUUGAACCUCAGUUAUGAGCAGCUCACCCAGCGUGCCAUGGAAGGUGACACAAUAUUCAGAGAUUACCUGAUUUGGUGGUAUGGGCCUGGAGCCAAAGUUAGCAGGAUGGUUGAAGACCUCGUGAACUACGUGAAGGCGAUUGGUUUGACCAAGGAGAUCUUGAAGGGAUCACAGUCCAAAGAUGAGCUGAACAUGGUCCUUUACUGA